UAAAAUCUUCACCUUCAGUUCAGUGUUUCACCAAACAAACCAACUCUUGACGCAGCCAAAAAGCCGUCCAAGUCGCCACCAUCACCAAACCAAACCCGACAAAUGUUCUUCAAUGAAUAUAUCAAAAUCUUUCCCUCUACAGGUCCACCCUCCACUUAUCACCCUUUAGAUCCCCAUUUUCACUUCCUUUAGUGUUCUCUAAAUAUUCUAACUUUGACUCUUUACAUAGUUUAAAUUUACUGUUCCUCGAUAAGUGUCAAUUUUAAUCAUUUUUCGAUUCCAAUUCCAAUUCCAACAAAAUGCACUGCAAUUGUACACACUCGUCAAUCCUUUGAGUGAAAAUUUUGGGUUUUGGAGUGAGUUUCACUAAUGGAAAUUGCAUGCGAAUCUUCAUCUCUGGGUCGGCCUUUUUUCAUUUCUGGUACAAAAUCCUCAUCUUUCUUGCGAUAUAAUCGAGUUUCUAAGAUUCAAGUCAAGGUUUUUCGUAAGAAUUAUCAAUACCCAUCUUAUAAUUUAUCAAAAGUUGCAAACUUUUACGAUUUUAGACCACUUCGUAUUUCAGCUUCUAGUAAAAAAAGAAUUUUUGAUGUUAGAGCUCAAUCAAAAUCAUUAAACGAAGUUAAUGGUGAUCUGGAUAUUAAAGAAAAUGUAGCUGCUGGUGUGAAUUUAAACUUAAUAAGAUUGCUGAGUAAAGGUGGUCUCAUUUUGGGUGCGAUGAUGUGUGGGAUUUUGAUGUUGGGGUCUAAAAGAGUACUUGCAGCUGAAGGUGUAGUGAAUGCUGGGUAUGGUGUUAUUGGGCAGAGCAUAUUGCUAUUGAGGAAUGCGUGGCCUAAGCUUUCUCAGCUUCUUACAGUUUUCAAAGAGCAAGGUUUGGUAUUGGCUGCUCUUCUGGGUUUAUCAGCAUUUUUUUCUAUGGCUGAGACCUCCAUUACCACACUAUGGCCGUGGAAGGUCCGAGAGCUGGCUGAAAAGGAGCCUGAUGAUGGUGUCUUCAAAAUGCUUCGCGGUGACAUUACACGGUUUCUAACAACUAUUCUUAUUGGCACAACUGUGGUUAACAUUGGAGCAACUGCAUUAGUCACGGAUGCAGCCACAGCAAUAUUUGGUGAAGCUGGUGUUACUGCAGCCACAGGAGUAAUGACUGUUGCGAUAUUGUUGCUUACUGAAAUCACUCCCAAAAGUAUAGCUGUUCACAAUGCCACAGAGGUUGCUAGAUUUGUGGUCAGACCAGUUGCUUGGCUUUCCUUGGUCUUAUAUCCUGUUGGAAGAAUUGUCACGUAUUUGUCAAUGGGAAUGCUAAAGAUGCUUGGUUUAAAAGGGAGAAGUGAGCCAUACGUUACUGAAGAUGAGUUGAAGUUGAUGUUGCGGGGGGCAGAAUUGAGUGGAGCAAUAGAGGAGGAAGAACAGGAUAUGAUUGAGAAUGUGCUAGAGAUCAAGGAUACACAUGUUAGAGAGGUGAUGACACCUCUUGUUGAUGUAGUUGCAAUUGAUGCCAGUGCAACUCUUGUUGAUUUUCAUCAGCUGUGGGUGACUCAUCAAUAUUCAAGGGUUCCUGUUUUUGAGCAGCGUGUGGACAAUAUUAUGGGUAUUGCAUAUGCCAUGGAUCUGCUAGAUUAUGCUCAGAAGGGUGAGCUACUAGAAAGUACGACUGUCGGAGACAUGGCUCACAAACCUGCAUACUUCGUGCCUGAUUCAAUGUCAGUCUGGAAUCUUCUUAGAGAGUUCCGCAUUAGAAAGGUCCACAUGGCUGUUGUCCUUAAUGAAUAUGGUGGAACUAUUGGGAUAGUAACCCUGGAAGACGUCGUUGAGGAGAUUGUUGGAGAAAUCUUCGAUGAAAAUGAUUCAAAAGAGGAGAUACAGAAGAAAACCGGCUAUGUUGUAAUGCGAGCAGAGGGGAUAUAUGAUGUUGAUGCUAAUACAUCUAUUGAUCAACUUUCUGAAGACCUAAAUAUCAAAAUGCCGGAGGGACAUCAAUAUGAGACAGUAUCAGGGUUUAUAUGUGAGGCGUUUGGAUAUAUCCCAAGGACAGGCGAGACUAUCAAAGUAAUCCUUGAAAAGGAAAAUCAAGAAGAAGAUGAUGAACAAACUGAAGGCAAAUCUGAUCGACAAGAUCAGAAUGAUAAGCAUCAGAUAUAUAAACUUGAGAUAUUGGCUGGAAAUGCCAGAAAAGUCAGUGCUGUUCGAUUUGAGCAGAUAAACAAUGGUGACGAAAUGAUGGAGGCCAAAGAAGUAACUCGCCUUGUUCCCAAAAUCAUGAAGAGGAGGUGGAGCAGUGAUGAAGAGUCAGAUGUUACUGAAUAUGAUGAGGAUUCAUUCCAAAAGAGACCAGAGCAUGGUCUGUCUGAUUCCAAUGUAAUAGCUGAACAUGAAGAUGACAAUGAGAGUCCUGGUAGACAGUAGUUGUCUCUCUC